AUGGAAAAGGUGGACUUGGUCGUUGUGGGCGCAGGUAAAGUGAACAACAUGCCGCUGGGUCUUCCCCCGGCCGGAUGGAGCGGACUCGCCGCUAUCAAGACCUACCGAGAGGUCAAUCCUGACAGCAAGGUGCUGCUACUCGAGGCGGCAGGAUCGGUGGGAGGAGUCUGGGCCACACAUCGACAGUACAAAGGACUCAAGUCCAACAACAUGUUGGGUACCUACGAAUACAGUGAUUUCCCCAUGGACGAGGCGACCUUUGGGGUCAAACCUGGCGAGCAUAUUCCUGGUCAUACCAUUCAGCGCUAUCUCGAAGCCUAUGCCCAGCAUUUCGGCUUCAUGGAUCGCAUUCGGCUCAACCGUCGGGUCGACAGCGCGCACCACAACCUGGACGGUACAUGGGAGGUGAAAGUGCAGCAGGACGGAGACGGAGACGCGACGACCAUUCAUACCCAAAAGCUGAUCGUCGCGACGGGCAUCACCUCCCAAGCUUACCUGCCCACCUUUGAGGGCCAAGGGGACUUUGCAGCGCCCGUCUUUCACUGUGCGGAUCUGCGACACUACGAACCCCAGGUCUUCAAAGCCGAGGAGCGAGUGACGGUCUUUGGGGGUACCAAGUCUGCUUGGGAUGCAGCCUAUGCAUGCGCCACUUCGGGAAUGAAAAUCGACUGGGUCAUUCGCGAGUCGGGUCAUGGUCCCAUCUGGAUGGCACCUCCCUACGUGACGCCGCUCAAGAAGUGGCUGGAGAAAUUGGUCACCACGCGUGUCUUGACCUGGUUCAGCCCGUGUAUCUGGGGGGACGCAGAUGGGUACACAGGGGUUCGCAGAUUCUUACACGGAACAUGGCUCGGUCGCAAGAUCGUCGACGCUUUCUGGGCCGUGCUGGCCGAUGACGUGGUCCAGCUGAAUGGGUACCAGAAACAUCCGGAGAUGAAGAAGCUGCAGCCCUGGAUCAGUCCUUUCUGGAUUGCUUCCUCCCUGAGUAUCCUGAACUAUCCCACCAAUUUCUUCGAUUUCAUCAAGGACGGGACGAUCAAGGUCCACAUCGCCGACAUCGAUCACCUCUCCGACCAUGCCGUGCACCUGUCCACCGGUGAAGUGUUAAACACGACCGCACUGAUCUGCUCGACGGGAUGGCGUGCAACGCCCAAUUUGAAAUUCCUUCCCGAGGGGAUUGAUCGCGAGCUGGGCUUCCCCUGGAGCGCUGACCCGCUGGACGCGGCGAUGGUCAAGGCGGCGGAUGAAGAGAUUCUUCGCCGAUUCCCACGUUUGCGCGACCAACCUCCUCCCAACCCCAAGUACAAGCCGCUGAACAACACUGCCGAGGCCGCAGUACCCCAUCCCUUCCGACUCGCUCGUUUCAUGGUGCCGUUAUCACAGGUCAAGGAUCGAUCUCUCGCCUUCAUGGGCAUCACCAUGACGAUCAACACCACGAUGAUUGCUCAAACCCAGGCACUUUGGAUUGCCGCCUACUUUGGUGGUCAGCUCACCCCAACCUCCAGGGAGCAGUGUCCUCGGGCGGUGCGGGCAGCCUCGGACCUCAAAGUCGACGAUGAUGCCGAGCUCAACCUGGCUUGGGAGACGGCUUUGCAUUCCGAAUUCGGAAAGUAUCGUUAUCCCGGAGGGUUUGGACGCCGUAACCCGGACUUUGUCUUUGACGCCCUUCCCUACAUCGACCUGAUGCUGCGAGACCUGGGCUUAUCCACAGAACGAAAGCAGGGCAUGCUGGCUCGAUGUUUUAGCCCAUACGGCCAGGAGGAUUACGUGGGACUGGUGAAGGAAUGGCAGACGAAGAUGGCCAAGCGAGCAUGA